GGAGGAAGCGAGAGGCAUCCAAGCAGGCAGUGUUUUAUCUUCACCCCAAGUGACCAUGAGAGGUGCCAUGCAAGUCUCAAUCAUGUUCCUCCUAGUAACUGUGUCUGACUGUGCUGUGAUCACAGGGGCCUGUGAGCGGGAUGUCCAGUGUGGGGCAGGCACCUGCUGUGCCAUCAGCCUGUGGCUUCGAGGGCUGCGGAUGUGUACCCCGCUGGGGCGGGAAGGCGAGGAGUGCCAUCCUGGCAGCCACAAGGUCCCCUUCUUUAGGAAACGCAAGCACCAUACCUGUCCUUGCUCACCCAACCUGCUGUGCUCCAGGUUCCCAGACGGCAGGUACCGCUGCUCCAUGGACUUGAAGAACAUCAAUUUUUAGGCGCUUGCCGGGUCUCAGGAUACCCACCAUCCUUUUCCCCAGCACUGCCUGGAUUUUUA